AGCUAGGCCCCAUUGGGUGCGUUGGUGAACGGAUUGGCAAAGGCGAGUUGCCGGAUUCGGCUUCUGCUGAUGUGCAGCAUUUGCGCUACGCCUGACCGAGUACAUACACACGGUCUUGCUUUUUCUUGUGUGACAAUGAAUUUCGUCUCGUGAACGGCUUGCGGUGUUGGUUCCCAUGGCCAUAGCCAUAUUCUCGAGAGUCAUUUCCACCUCCGGGCUUCCCCAGCAAUGCCGACGCAGGUACAUCCAGAAAAGGCAGCCGCAACAGGUGAACGCAGGUACCCUUUCUAACACCGUCGGCAAAAAUGAAAACGCCCCCAAAGAGCUAUUGCCACCACCACCUGUUUUUUUCUGCCUGGUUCUUCUUUUUUUUUUUUCCUCCCCCAUGGGCGUUGCUUGUGCUCAAACUCUCUUUCCCCCAAUUCCCUCUCCUUUGUACCGAUACCCUUGGUCGGCCCGGAUUUCCCACUUGCUCCUCGACGUCAGCGUGGUAGCUGGUACCUGCCUUAGUCGUGCGUUGGAAGUUCGAAAAUUUUGCGAUUUGAUUCCAUGCUUGGGGGCUUUCUUCAUCUUUUCGCUGACGCUUCGACUUGCUUUUCUACAAAUCCUACAUACUAAAGUAACGUCCUUUAUUCCAUCGUCCUCGAGAGAGACAUCACGCCCUUCGUCUUAUUCGUCUUGUUCUUCCUCCUCCCCCCCUUUUUUUUGGCAUUUUCCUCCCUCAAAACGACGAGGCAGACUCCAAAGCGACAACCCGUCUCCUCUGCUUUCGAUUGGAUUCCCUCCGCCGUGUUUGUUGGACGCAGCUAGCCGCAUCUCGUGGGGCGGAAACCUUCUCUGAGGGCGGACUGUUUCAGAGCGAACAGCAUCUUUUCUCUCCAUUGCUGUGGUUCCGAUCAUUUUCGGCAAGCUGGGCGAGCAGCACAACCAACAGCACGUUUCAGCCUCUUCAUUCCUGGCCGACCCGAGGCCUUUUC